GAAAGUGGUUAGGACAUUUGAAGUAGUAGUUGCUUUCUUUGCAAUGUCUGUAUUAUGCUACAUUCGUCUCCAAAGUAUGCAGAUGAUAGGCAAUCCAAUUGUGCAACUUCAAUGCCGGGAAAGGAAUCAAAGGAAACCCUCCAAUCAUUUAUUGGCAUUACGAUAACUUCUGUCAUAAACCCACCUGGUAAAGAAAGGUAAUUAGCUCAAAAUUAAGACAAAGAAGCAAUACCCAUGAAUCCUUGAUUGCCAAGAAAAAUACCCAUUGAGAGAUUCUAAUUUCGAACGCCAAUAAUAACCCCCACAACGUUUUGUUGCACCUCACACCACAGUUCGUUCUGGCAUUUCAUCGAACAGUUUGCAAUUCUUCAGUAAAUUUAGAGGAAACGACAAAAAUCAAUUAUUUUACCAAAUUCACCCAUUGGUUUCCACCCUUUAUAGUUUAGUGGGAGGGUAGAUGAAAAUAAAAAUGAAUCGUGUAAAUUUGGGCGUAUGGAUGUGGGUGUUGCUGGUCUUGGCAAUGGGCUGGUCUAUGACAGUCUCAUCAGCUGCUUUCUUUGAGAGUCGACAUAGAAGGAAAUCUAUGUAUCCAGCACCGACCUCCUCGCAAUUGGAGUUCAAUCGAAGAGGGUCCUCUAUCGUAUUCCCUAUCCAUGGAAAUGUAUAUCCAGUUGGGUCUUAUAACGUUACCCUCAAUAUAGGCCAACCACCAAAGCCUUAUUUUCUGGAUCCUGACACUGGAAGUGAUCUUACGUGGCUCCAAUGUGACGCUCCUUGUGUCCACUGUACUGAGUCACCUCAUCCGCUUUAUCAACCCAGCAACGAUUUAGUGGCAUGUAGGGAUCCCCUCUGCUUAGCCUUGCACUCACCCGGCACUCCCAGAUGUGACAAUCCUGAGCAAUGUGAUUAUGAGGUUGAGUAUGCAGAUGGUGGUUCUUCACUCGGUGUACUGCUCAAGGAUUCCUUUUCUCUCAACUUUACAAAUGGAGUCCAACUAAAACCUCGUCUGGCCCUUGGAUGUGGAUAUGAUCAACUUCCUGGUUCAUCUCGUCACCCUGUAGACGGAGUACUUGGCAUUGGUAGGGGUCAAACCAGUAUCGUGUCCCAACUUAACAAUCAAGGUCUGGUUCGAAAUGUUGUUGGCCACUGUUUAAGUGGGCGAGGCGGAGGGUUUCUCUUCUUUGGGGACGACCUUUAUGAUUCUUCACGUGUGACUUGGGCACCAAUGUCACAUGAAUAUACCAAGCAUUACUCACCUGGAUACGCAGAACUCAAAUUUGAUGGAAAACCUACUGGUGUUAAGGACCUACUCACAAUUUUUGACAGCGGUAGCUCCUACACUUAUUUCAACUCUCAAGCGUAUCAAGCUUUGACAUUUUUGAUUAAGAGAGAAUUAUCUGAAAGAGUCUUCAAAGAAGCACCAGAAGAUAACACUCUGUCACUUUGUUGGAAAGGCAAAAGACCAUUUAAGAGCAUUCGUGAUAUCAGAAAAUACUUCAAGACCAUAGCACUGGACUUCACCAGUGCUGGAACCACCAAAACUUAUGAAUUUCCACCCGAGGCUUAUCUAAUCAUAUCGUCUAGGGGCAAUGUAUGCUUGGGAAUCCUCAAUGGUUCGGAAGUGGGACUGCAAAAUUCUAAUAUCAUUGGUGAUAUAUCAAUGCAAAAUAAGUUGGUGAUCUAUGAUAACGAGAAGCAGACGAUUGGAUGGGUCACUGCGAAUUGCGAUAAGAUGCCAAAAACAAGGACUGUGAGCAUCUGAUGGUACUUCAGUAGUUUUCAACCGUUUCUUUAUUCAACUGCAACACAAGGUGGUUAUAGAGUAAAACGUAAAACAGUAUAAAGUAUACGUGGGAAUAGAUAGAAUUUUAGUACAUAAUCGGCAUUUGUAUGUAUGUAUUGUGAAUUAUAGAAAAUGUAACAUUUAUAUAAAUAUAUCUUAUAUUGAACUAGGUACAAUUUGCAGUUUGCUGGGCAAUAACCAAUAUUCGUUGUAUUGUGAGAGCACUAGGGAAUAAUCCCUCCUCAUGAGGCCCUAUCUCUCUGUAUCUCUAUGUCUAAAAAGGGUUUUUUUUCCUUCAAAAA